AUGGAAAACCCUAACUUUGGUUCACCUUCUCUCUCAGCCGACCUCCCUGCGACACCUCUGCACAUUUGCCCUAGCCGUGCACGCACCACGGCCGCCGGCAGGUGCUCCGGCCGCCGAAAAACCCCUCCUCCAUCACCUUCUUCGCCUAUUCUCCACCCUCCUCGGCUUUCUGUCCUCAGGAAGUCACCCUUUGGGUCGGGCCUGCAGUCUCUGGCAGAGGCUUCCCCUCCGGCGACAUCCCCGCCGGCCCCGCCGUCCACGCGCGUCGCCGGCGCCGCCAUGACGCGCUACAGCCGCCCAGACCCGGAGCGGGCCGAGCCGGGGCGACCUCUGCCUCCAAGGACCGCCGCCGCCAGGGACCUCAUGGGCGACCUCCCUGGUGACCGCUGCCACCUCCGCGUCCGGCCCGAGUGGCCGCCGCCGCCGCUCCUACUGUUUGCGGUCAGCCCGAGCGAGAUCUGGCCGUGGGUGGCCAAAUCUCUCUCCCCCGGGUCGCCGCUGUCCAGGAUCGGCCGGGCCGCCUCCCACCGGCCUCCGACGACCGCUCUCCGUCGCCCAGAGCUCCCCCAUCCGUCCUCGUGGCGGCCCGCCGCCGCUCCUUCUUCCUGCGGCCGCGCAGGGUCUGUGCAGGCCGAGCCACACCCAGCACCGCCGCCGCCGCCUUCCGCCGCCAGCCGGCGUGAGCAUCGGCUCCGCCUGGCCGGCCGCACCCGUUCGCCGUCGGCUACCCCGCCGCCGGAGCUCCCUAUUGGACGCACUUGGCUUGUGCUCUUCUCGGGUUGGGUGUCUAGGGCAUCAGUGCCCGUCGUCGCCGCCACCUCCCGACGCCUGACGACGCGCGCCCCAGCCUUCCUUCGUCGUCAUAAACCUCUCGCAGCCGGCGCGCCCGCAGUCCGGCCGGCGCCGGCCAACCUUGCUCCACCAAGCUCCGGUAAGUUUAGUUUGAAGUUUCCUGUGCACUGUUUGACUUUUCGAUCACUUGUUCGGUGA